AUGGGGAGGCUCCGAACACAUCGAACACAUCGAACACCUCCAUUGGUUUCGUUGAGCCUCCUCCUAGCGGCUCGGUUCCUAUUCCCGCAGCUUCCCAGUUUCGUGGCUCCCAGGGCUGGACAGCAACCCACAGCCACAGCCACAGCGGCCAGCGGGACUGCAGUGCUCAGUAAGACGCUUCAGUUACCCGGGGAAGCCCAUGCGGUGCCGGAACAGCGAAUCCUGGACUUUUUCAAUGUGACCUUGGAUAAAGGUCUCUCAGAACAUCAGGUGCAACAACAGCUGGAUGAAUAUGGGGCCAACCAACUGUUGGAACCAGAGAAAAAGUCCUUGUGGGAACUGGUGGCCGAGCAGUUUGAUGACUUGCUGGUUAAGAUCUUGCUGUUACCAGCUUUGGUGUCUUUUCUACUGGCAUAUUUCAAUACUGAUCAAAAGGAGGAAGGCUUGUCUGCCUACAUCGAGCCUUUGGUGAUCUUGAUGAUCCUGGUGCUUAAUGCUUGUGUCGGGGUGUGGCAGGAGUCCAAUGCGGAGAAGGCCUUGGACUCCUUGAAGAAGUUGCAGUCCGACACUGCCACUGUCUUGCGUGGAGGUAGAUGGGGCCAAAUCGAUGCAGUGAAUGUGGUACCUGGUGAUGUUUGUGAGGUCAAGGCGGGGGAUAAGGUCCCAGCUGACAUUCGACUGGUGAAGUUGAAGACAACCACGGUGCGGGCGGAACAGUCACAACUCACAGGUGAGACUCAAAGCGUAAUCAAAGACCCAGAUGUCGUGGAUGAUCCUUCCAUGGUUAUCCAGGGCAAAAACAACAUGCUCUUUGCGUCUACCACCAUUUCCAAUGGCGCCUGCGUGGGAUGCGUGGUGGCCACUGGCAUGUCCACAGAGAUCGGCGCCAUCCAGGGGGCAGUGACGGAAGCGGCAGGGGAGAAGGAUCCCACACCAUUGCAGAAGAAGCUGGAUGAGUUCGGCAACACCUUGGCAAGAAUCAUUUUCGCCAUUUGUGUCAUCGUGUGGCUCAUCAACUACAAACAUUUCUUUGACCCCGUGCAUGGAUCCUUUCUGCAAGGCUGCAUUUAUUAUUUCAAGAUUGCUGUGGCCCUAGCGGUAGCUGCCAUUCCAGAAGGUUUGCCGGCUGUGGUUACCACGUGCUUGGCUUUGGGCACCCAGCAGAUGGCCGAGCGGAACGCCAUUGUGAGGAAGUUACCUUCAGUUGAGACUUUGGGAUGUACCACGGUAAUUUGCUCGGACAAAACAGGAACUCUGACUCUCAAUGAGAUGUGCUGCACCCAGAUGGUCUUGCCCCAAAGUCCUUCCGAAAUGAAAUCCUUCAAGGUAGCAGGCAAUGGCUAUUCACCAGUGGGCCAUGUGAACGGCCUAUCCAUCGAUUGGAGCAGCAACAAGGCCUUGCGAUUUUUCUGCAAAGUGGCCACGUUGUGCAAUGACUCCAGGCUCACCAUGGAGUCCUCCGAGUCGUCCAACAUCACUCGAACGGGGGAGCCAACUGAGGCAGCCCUCAGGGUGUUGGUGGAGAAAUUGGGAUGUCCUGAUGAGGAGCUGGCGAAGAAAAAUCUGGAGAAACCAAGAGAUAGAAACAGCAUCAUGGCCUUCAAUGACUACUGGGGAGCUGAUGUGAAGAAGCAAGCCACCCUGGAGUUUGCCAGAGAUCGGAAGUCCAUGAGUGUUCUGUGCACCGAUGCGGAAGUUCAAUCAGAGAACGUGCUGUACAUCAAAGGUGCUCCAGAGAGCAUCCUCGACCGAUGCUCCAGCAUCAUGCUGCCAGAUGGAACCUUAGCCCCUCUUACGGAAGAUUCCAAGAAGCUGAUCCUUGGAAAAAUGCUUGAGAUGGCAGGUGAGGCCUUGAGAACCUUGGCGCUGGCUGUGAAAUUUGACUUGAAGGAAUCCAAGUUAAAUGGCUAUGAUGGCCCCGGGCACCCCAGCCAUGGAUUGCUCUGUGACCCUAGCAACUUUGCAUCUGUGGAGCAGGGCAUGGCUUUCCUGGGGAUGGUGGGCAUUAUCGAUCCACCACGGCCAGAAUGUAUGGAUGCCAUAGCUGCUUGCAAGGAGGCGGGCAUCAGCGUCUUCAUGACCACUGGAGACAACAAGGCCACAGCCGAGGCCAUCUCUCGUCAGCUGGGCAUUUUGUCCCCAGACUCGGACGUGGCAGUGAAAUCCAUCACCGGGAAGGAAUUUGAAGAGAUGUCUGAAUCCCAAAGAACUGAAAUCUUGAAGAGGAUGAUGGCAGACCGUGGGCAAGAGGGUGCCGUUUUCUCACGGAUGGAGCCAAAGCACAAGCAAAUCGUGGUGAAGAUGCUGAAGGAUCAAGAUGAGAUCGUGGCCAUGACAGGUGAUGGGGUCAACGAUGCCCCAGCCUUGAAACAGGCAGACAUUGGGGUGGCUAUGGGUAUGGGUGGCACAGAGGUGGCCAAAGAAGCCUCCGACAUGGUGUUGGCAAACGACAACUUCUCAUCCAUUGUGGCCGCAGUGGAGCAAGGUCGUUCCAUUUUCAAGAACAUGAAAGCAGUCAUCCGGUAUUUGAUCUCUUCCAACAUUGGAGAGGUGGCCUCAAUUUUCUUGACAGCUGCCUUGGGGAUUCCGGAAAGCCUGGCACCUGUGCAACUCCUGUGGGUGAAUCUGGUCACAGAUGGGCUUCCUGCCACUGCCUUAGGCUUCAACCCUCCGGAUGAAGGUGUGAUGUCAGAACCGCCGCGGCGAAAAGACGAGGGCUUGAUCUCGGGUUGGGCGCUCUUCAGAUAUCUCAUGAUCGGAUUGUACGUAGGGUUGGCCACUGUGGGUGUCUUCAUCUAUUGGUUCACCACAGAUGAUUUCGAUGGACACACCCUGGUGUCGCUGGAUCAGCUCAUGAAUUGGGGUCAGUGUUCUGCCUGGGGAGGUUUCUCUGCAGAGCCUAUUAUGGGCAUGGACUUUUCAGCAGACGCCUGUACUUACUUUACAGUGGGCAAGGUGAAGGCAGCUACGCUGUCCAUUACUGUCUUGGUGAUGAUCCAGCUGCUGAACGCCUUCAAUGCUGUCUCUGAGGAUGGAUCCUUGCUCAGCCUGAUACGGCCUGACAGCGUAAGUCUGGAGGAGGCAACUCAAGAUUGCGCUCGGCUUACGCGCUAUGUCAAUGUUGGCGCGCAUGAUGGUCAUUCGGAUGAUCCGCUCUAUGACUAUGCCCGCGAGAGCAACGCGACUGGUGUUGCUGUGGAGCGCGACCCGGAGAGAUGUGAACGUCACCGGGCAGCCUUGCCGAAUGUUCACGUUGCCUGCUCGGAGGUGACGCCGCAGAACAUUGUGUCCUUGCUACGCCCCGUGCUUGAUACGGGAGAGGAGCUAGAUGUGCUCAAGGUGGACAUUGAUUCGUAUGAUUGUCCAGUCUUAGAGAUGAUACUGCCGGAAGUCAAAGCCAAAAUUGUCCUGGUGGAGGCCAACCCAUCCAUUCCCCCACCGUACCAGUGGGCAAUGCUUCACAGUCCGGAGUUAUGGACCUUCUUCAACUCUUUUCAUAGCCCUGAAGAGGUCCCAAUCAGAGGCUGCUCACUUGCCUACGAGGUUCAACUGCUUCGCCGCUACGGCUACGAUUUGGUGGCGUUCGGUGGGCAUGAUGCGGUGUUUACUCAUGAGUCUGUCCGGAGUGCUUUCCUACCAUAUGAUGUGCCCAUGGAUGAGUUUGAUUGCUACAACGAGGCCUUCAUAGCUGCCAAUGGAAUUCCAAUCAGCCGUACCCGCCGAUGGUUCUUCCAGCUCAGCGAUACGCAGGUGGGCUUGCCCGAGAUUUGGAACUUUUUUGUCGAUUGGAUGAAGGCCAACUCACCUGACCAGCUCUUCUCAUUCGCCCUGCGGGUGUAA